GACGAGCACGAUGAAUUUCCCUCCUCCUCCGCCAGGCAUGCCAAUGCCUCCCCCAGGAAUGCCGGCUCCUCCCCCCGGUAUGCCCUCGCCCGCCUUUGGUGAGCCCUCUAGCUCGCGCAUGCCCCCGGAGGCGCUCGCGCAGAAGUCGCAGAAGUGGAUUCAGAUGCAGAAGAAGAGGUAUGGAGAGAAGAGGAAGGGUGGCUUCGUGGAUAUGGGCAAACAGGACUUGCCACCAGAGCAUGUUCGCAAAAUUAUCAAGGACCACGGCGACAUGAGCAAUCGCAAGUUCCGUAACGACAAACGCGUCCAUCUGGGCGCUCUCAAAUACGUUCCUCAUGCCGUCAUGAAGCUCCUCGAAAAUAUCCCCUUCCCAUGGGAACAAGUCCGCGAAGUGCCCGUGCUCUACCACAUCACUGGUGCCAUUACCUUCGUCAACGAGAUUCCACGAGUCAUCGAGCCGGUCUAUCACGCGCAAUGGAGUAGUAUGUGGCUGGCGAUGCGCCGAGAGAAGAGGGACCGAAGGCAUUUCAAGCGUAUGCGGUUCCCGCCUUUCGAUGACGAAGAACCCCCCUUGGACUAUGGCGACAACGUCCUGGACGUAGAGCCACUAGAGGCUAUCCAGUUAGACCUUGACCCUGAGGAUGACGAGCCUAUCAUCGAGUGGUUCUAUGACGCAAAACCUCUCAGCGACACUCCUCACGUUAACGGCUCUUCUUACAAGUACUGGUCGUUGACCCUUCCCGUCAUGGCCAACCUCUAUCGACUUGGUCGCACUUUGCUGUCCGACCACACCGACAUCAACUCCAGCUACCUUUUCGACAAGAAGUCCUUCUUCACCGCGAAGGCGCUCAACAUGGCGAUCCCUGGAGGUCCCAAGUUCGAGCCGCUCUACCGCGACAUGGACAACUUCGACGAGGACUGGAACGAGUUCAACGACAUUAACAAAGUCAUCAUCCGCCAGCAGAUCCGUACGGAGUACAAAGUCGCCUUCCCCCACCUCUACAACUCCCUCCCUCGUUCCGUCCGGAUUUCUCCUUACCAUGCUCCGAAGAAUGUCUACAUUCGUACUGAUGAUCCCGACCUCCCCGCCUUCUACUUCGACCCCCUCAUCAACCCUAUCUCCCUUCGCGGCGCCACUCCUAAGAAUGCUCCCCUCGUUACCCACGAGGAUGCUAUCUUUGGUCCGAACGGUGGAGAAGACGACGAGUUCGAGCUCCCUGACGACGUUAUUCCCUUUCUCGCCGACCGACCGCUGGAGAACGAUCUGACGGCGGAUGCGAUCGCUCUAUGCUGGGCACCCGACCCCUAUAACCGUCGCUCCGGCCGCAUGCGCCGCGCGCAGGACAUUCCUCUCGUCAAGAACUGGUAUCUGGAGCAUUGCCCACCUAACCAGCCCGUCAAGGUCCGCGUAUCGUACCAGAAGCUGCUCAAAUGCUUCGUCUUGAACGAGUUGAAGACAAGGCCAGAGAAGGCUAUGACGAAGAAGAACUUGUUCAGGCAGUUGAAGGCGACGAAGUUCUUCCAAACUACGAAGUUGGAUUGGGUCGAAGCAGGCUUGCAGGUCUGCCGACAGGGCUACAACAUGUUGAACUUGCUCAUUCAUCGCAAGAACUUGAACUACUUGCAUUUGGAUUAUAACAUGAACUUGAAGCCCGUCAAGACCCUCACCACGAAGGAACGUAAGAAGUCACGAUUCGGAAACGCUUUCCAUUUGUGCCGUGAAAUUCUCCGUCUCACCAAGCUCGUCGUCGACGCCCACGUCCAAUACCGUCUCGGCAACGUCGACGCCUUCCAGCUCGCCGACGCCCUCCAGUACUCAUUCGCCCACAUCGGUGCCCUCACGGGUAUGUACCGGUACAAGUACAAGCUCAUGAGGCAGGUCCGCAUGACGAAGGAUUUGAAGCAUCUCAUCUACUAUCGCUUCAACACUGGACCUGUUGGUAAAGGCCCUGGUGUCGGUUUUUGGGCGCCUGGAUGGCGUGUCUGGCUGUUCUUCAUGCGUGGUAUCGUCCCCCUGCUCGAGCGAUGGCUUGGAAACUUGCUCGCUCGUCAGUUCGAAGGUCGUAACAGCAAGGGUAUCGCAAAGACGGUGACGAAGCAGCGUGUCGAGUCGCACUACGAUUUGGAGCUCCGCGCCGCUGUCAUGCACGAUAUUCUUGACAUGAUGCCUGAGUCAAUCAAGCAGAACAAGGCGAAGACGAUCCUUCAGCAUCUGUCUGAGGCUUGGAGGUGUUGGAAGGCGAAUAUCCCUUGGAAGGUUCCUGGUAUGCCCACAGCCAUCGAGAACAUCAUCCUGCGGUACAUCAAGGGCAAGGCCGACUGGUGGACUUCUGUUGCUCACUAUAACCGUGAACGUAUCCGCCGAGGUGCUACUGUCGACAAGGCCGUUGUGAAGAAGAACUUGGGCCGUCUCACGCGUCUUUACCUGAAGGCGGAGCAAGAACGGCAGCAUGGUUAUCUGAAGGACGGUCCGUACAUCAGUGCUGAGGAGGCCGUUGCUGUCUACACUGCUACGGUGCACUGGCUGGAGAGCAGGAAGUUUGCACCCAUUCCGUUCCCGCCUCUCUCGUACAAGCACGACACGAAGCUGUUGGUACUUGCGCUGGAAAAGCUGAAGGAGGCUUACUCCGUUAAAGGUCGCCUGAACCAGUCUCAGCGUGAAGAACUCGCGCUCAUUGAACAGGCUUACGACAACCCUCACGAAUGUUUGUCCCGUAUCAAGCGUCUUCUCCUUACUCAGCGUGCGUUCAAGGAGUCGGGUAUCGAGUUCUUUGACACCUACGACAAGCUCAUUCCCUGCUACGACAUCGAGCCCGUGGAGAAGAUCACCGACGCUUAUCUUGACCAGUUCCUGUUCUUCGAAGCAGACAAGCGUGGCCUGUUCCCCGCCUGGAUCAAGCCUGCCGACACCGAGCCACCCCCGCUGCUCGUGUACAAGUGGUGCCAGGGCAUCAACAACUUGACCGACGUUUGGGAGACGAGCGAGGGCGAGUGCAACGUGAUGAUGGAGACCGUCUUGUCGAAAGUCUACGACAAGAUCGAUUUGACACUCCUCAAUCGACUCCUUCGACUCAUCCUCGACCACAAUCUCGCUGACUACAUCACGGCGAAGAACAACACGGUCCUGACCUACAAGGACAUGGCGCAUACCAACGCCUACGGUCUGAUUCGUGGUCUGCAGUUCUCGGCUUUCGUCUUCCAGUACUAUGGUCUCGUCCUCGAUAUCUUGAUCCUCGGUCUUCACCGCGCAAGCGAAAUGGCAGGCCCACCCAACAUGCCCAACAAUUUCCUCCAGUUCCGCGAUUCCGCCACAGAGACGCGCCACCCGAUCCGUCUGUACUCACGAUACGUUGACCGCCUCCAUAUCCUUUUCCGCUUCACCGCCGACGAGGCCCGUGAUCUCAUCCAGCGCUACCUCAGUGCCAACCCCGACCCGACGAACAACAACGUCAUCGGCUACAACAAUAAACGGUGCUGGCCCCGCGAUUGCCGUAUGCGUCUCAUCAAGCACGACGUCAACCUCGGACGUGCGGUGUUCUGGAACGUGAAGCAGAGCUUGCCAAGGUCGCUGACCACGAUCGAGUGGGAAGACACUUUCGUUAGUGUUUACUCGAAAGAUAACCCCCAGCUCUUGUUUUCGAUGUGUGGGUUCGAGGUGCGGAUCUUGCCGAAGAUGAGGACGAUGGGUGGAGAGCAGUUUUCGUUGAAGGAUGCGGUGUGGAAUUUGACGAACGAGCAAACCAAGGAGAGGACGGCGCAGGCAUUCCUGAGGGUUUCGGACGAAGGUGUUCAGCAGUUCAACAACCGUAUUCGUCAGGUCUUGAUGAGCUCCGGUUCAACGACGUUCUCUAAGAUCGUCAACAAAUGGAACACGGCUCUCAUCGGUUUGAUGACUUACUACCGUGAAGCCGUCAUCCAUACCAACGAGCUUUUGGACGCGCUCGUCAAGGCGGAGAACAAGAUCCAGACUCGUGUCAAGAUCGGGUUGAACAGUAAGAUGCCAUCGCGUUUCCCGCCCGUUGUUUUCUACACUCCGAAGGAACUUGGUGGUCUUGGUAUGCUUUCCAUGGGCCAUGUUCUCAUCCCUCAAAGUGAUCUGCGGUGGUCGAAGCAGACUGAUGUUGGAGUCACUCACUUCCGCGCCGGCAUGACCCAUGAGGAGGAUCAACUCAUUCCCAAUUUGUAUCGUUACCUGCAACCCUGGGAAGCCGAGUUCUUAGACUCUGCUCGUGUCUGGUCUGAAUACUCGAUGAAGAGGAAGGAGGCGAAUGCACAGAACCGUCGUCUGACGCUCGAGGAUCUGGAGGACAGUUGGGACCGCGGUAUUCCUCGUAUCAAUACUUUGUUCCAGAAGGACAGGCAUACCUUGGCGUACGAUCGUGGUUGGCGUGUGCGCACGGACUGGAAGCAGUAUCAGCUCUUGAAACACAAUCCCUUCUGGUGGACGUCCCAGCGCCACGACGGCAAACUCUGGCAGCUCAACAACUACCGUGUCGACGUCAUCGCCGCACUGGGCGGUGUGGAAGGUAUCCUGGAGCACACCCUCUUCAAGGGAACAUAUUUCCCUACAUGGGAGGGUCUCUUCUGGGAGAAAGCGUCCGGUUUCGAAGAGUCGAUGAGGUACAAGAAGUUGACGAACGCACAACGGUCCGGUCUCAACCAGAUUCCUAACCGUCGGUUUACGCUUUGGUGGAGUCCGACGAUCAACAGGGCAAACGUCUAUGUCGGUUUCCAGGUCCAGCUUGAUUUGACGGGUAUUUUCAUGCACGGUAAAAUCCCGACUUUGAAGAUCAGUUUGAUCCAGAUCUUCCGUGCUCAUUUGUGGCAGAAGAUUCACGAGAGUGUAGUCAUGGAUCUGUGUCAAGUGUUCGAUCAAGAGCUCGAGCCGCUUCAGAUUGAGACGGUCCAGAAGGAGACUAUCCAUCCUCGUAAGAGUUACAAGAUGAACUCGUCUUGUGCGGAUAUCCUGCUGUUCUCGGCGUACAAGUGGAACAUCUCGCGCCCUUCACUUGUGACAGACAACAAGGAUGUCAUGGAUGGUACAACGAGCAACAAGUACUGGAUUGAUGUUCAGCUCAGGUGGGGCGACUUCGACACCCACGACAUCGAGCGGUACACUCGUGCCAAAUUCUUGGACUACGUCUCGGACUCCAUGAGUAUCUACCCUUCGCCCACUGGUGUCAUGAUCGGCAUGGACCUCGCGUACAACCUCUGGUCCGCGUAUGGUAACUGGUUCCCCGGAAUGAAGCCCCUCAUCCAGCAAGCAAUGGCGAAAAUCAUGAAAGCGAACCCCGCGUGCCACGUCUUGCGCGAGCGUAUCAGGAAGGGUCUGCAGCUGUAUUCUUCGGAACCUACCGAGCCGUACUUGAACAGUCAAAACUACUCCGAGCUCUUCUCGAACCAGAUCAUCUGGUUCGUCGACGACACUAACGUCUACCGAGUCACGAUCCACAAAACGUUUGAGGGUAACUUGACGACGAAGCCUAUCAAUGGUGCUAUCUUCAUCUUCAACCCACGAUCUGGUCAGCUCUUCCUCAAGAUCAUUCACACGAGUGUUUGGGCCGGUCAAAAGCGUCUUGGUCAGUUGGCGAAGUGGAAGACUGCUGAAGAAGUGGCGGCUUUGGUUCGUUCUUUGCCCGUCGAAGAACAGCCUAAGCAGGUCAUCGUCACGCGUAAGGGCAUGUUGGAUCCUCUUGAGGUCCAUUUGCUCGAUUUCCCCAACAUCGUCAUCAAGGGUAGUGAGCUUCAACUGCCGUUCCAGGCCUGCAUGAAGAUGGAGAAGUUCGGUGAUUUGAUUUUGCGCGCGACCCAACCGCAGAUGGUCUUGUUCAGUCUCUACGAUGACUGGCUCAAGUCUAUCUCGAGUUACACGGCAUUCUCGAGAUUGAUCCUCCUCCUUCGUGGUCUCCACGUCAACAACGAGAAGGCAAAGAUCAUCCUCCAUCCCGACAAGAACACGAUCACCGAGCCUCACUUCGUCUGGCCCUCGCUUUCAGACGAGGAUUGGAUCAAGGUUGAGGUCGCGAUGAAGGACUUGAUCCUGGCGGACUUCGGAAAGCGAAACAGUGUCAACAUCGCGUCGCUUACGGCCAGCGAAAUCCGAGACAUCAUCUUGGGUCAAGAAAUCGCUGCACCAUCCGUUCAGCGUCAGCAGAUGGCUGAGUUGGAGAAGAGCACCGAGGCGCAGAGUCAGGUUACGGCGGUUCAAACUCAAACCACCAACGUCCACGGUGAUACCAUCCAAACCGUCACCACGACCAACUAUGAGCAACAGGUGUUCAGCAGCAAAUCCGACUGGCGUGUUCGUGCGAUCUCCGCGACGCAUCUGCCACUUCGUCUGCAGCACAUCUACGUCUCGAAUGACGAUGUCAAGGAUGACGCUGCCUCGUACACCUAUGUUCUUCCUCGGAAUAUCCUUCGUGCUUUCGUCACCGCGGCAGAUCUUCGAACUCAAGUCGCCGCAUACUUGUAUGGUGUUUCGCCGCCGGAUAACAAGCAGGUCAAGGAGAUCAAGGCUAUUGCGUGGGUGCCACAACGCGGCAACAACAAUGCGGUAGAAUUGCCCUCGACUUUGCCGAAGGACGAUUAUCUACUCAAGGACCUGGAGCCUCUGGGAUGGAUCAAGACGCAGGCUUUGGAGCUCAACCACCUCUCGCCGACGGAUGUUUCGACCCAGGGCAAGUUGAUGGCUGACCACCCAGAGUGGGGCUCCUCAUCAAUAUGCAUCACCGCUGCCUUCACCCCUGGUUCCGUCUCCUUGUCCGCUCAUUCGUUGUCCGUUGCUGGCUUCGAGUGGGGUAGGAAGAACCAGGACACGUCGCCCAACCCACCCGGCUUCAACCCGAACAUGUCCGAGCGUGUGCAGCUAUUGUUGUCAGAUCGUAUUCUCGGUAUGACGCUCGUUCCUGAGGGUAAGGUGUGGAACUACGGUAUCGGCUUGACACAGCUCUGGUCGCCCAAUCUCGGCUACUCCAUGACGCUGGAUACGCCGUUGCUGUUCUGGGCCGAGGAACAUCGGCCAGCCACUUUCUUGACUUUCGCGAAUCUUGAGCAGGGAGAUGACAGUGCGGACGUGGAAAAUAGCUUUGCUUGAUGUCUCGUUCUCUUUGAUGUUGUGGUUGUGAUUCUUUUGCUUUGAUCCGAUAUGUAUUUGUACUGUAUCUCGUUACUAUAGCUAGUGGUUUGCAACGUAUUGCGAUGCGCUUUCC